AUCUACCUACCUACCAGGUAAGAAGAAUCACUUUCCAUCCGCUCGCAGCUAUGUCGACAAACCCCGCCGCGUAGAUAAGGGAUUGCCCUCUAGAUUAUGCAUGAGAUAAGAGUUCCGAGAGGGGAGAGGGGGUGUGAUGUAUUCCAGAUAGCUCGAGUGGACGCCUUCAGAUAUCACCUACCAAAUGUGGGGUAUCAUUCAUCAGCCUCUCAUCAGCCAAGAUUCGCAGGCUAGACAUAUGGCCUAACCCAGGUCUUUAUUGCUGUUUCGAGAUAAGCUCCAAAAGCUCACUCAAGUUACUCUACAAAGUCGGAGUAUCGUUCACGUUCGUUCACGAUCUUAGCUUGGCAUCGUCCCGCGUGCUCAUACCACGUACCUAUUCUUAAAUUAACUUGUCCGGUGGUAAAGUCGUAAAGUGGUAAAAUUGCUACGAUGAGCUCGUCGACGCGCCGGGUAGUGGAUAUCCACACCCACAUGUAUCCCCCGGCAUAUGUGCAGCUCCUGGAAUCCCGAAACAGCAUACCCCUAAUCCGGAAGUUCGCCGGCGCAAAGGAGCCCCGCCUCAUCAUCUUACCCGCCGAAGCGGAAUCGCUAGACAAGAUUACAUCGGAAAAUCCGGAGAAGACGUCAUCUCACCUUCCCGGUCGACCGGUGACGACGCAUUAUUCCUCCCUUAGUCAGAAGAUUCAUUUUAUGGACACGCAUAAAAUCGACAUCUCGGUCAUCUCGCUUGCGAACCCGUGGCUCGACUUCGUCGCCGCCGAGGACGCGGGAGAAACUGCCAAGUCUAUCAACCAGGAAUUUUCCGAUAUGUGCGCCGCGAACCCAGGCCGGCUGUUCUUUUUCGCAACUUUGCCGCUGACUGCCCCUCCCGAAACUCUUCUUGCAGCUGUCGGACACAUCCGCAGCUUGAAGUACUGCCGAGGCGUGAUUCUAGGAACGUCGGGGCUCGGAAAAGGCCUCGAUGAUCCGGCCUUCGUGCCGGUCUUCUCCGCGCUCGCCGCUAACAAGCUGACCAUAUUCCUACAUCCGCAUUAUGGCUUGCCGAGCGAAGUGUGGGGUCCCCGCGCUACGGAAGAAUACGGCCACGUACUUCCGCUGGCCCUAGGGUUUCCCAUGGAAACAACAAUCGCGGUGGCGAGGAUGUACCUUGCAGGCGUGUUUGAUCUGGUGCCGGAGUUGCGUUUGAUACUAGCGCAUAGCGGCGGGACGCUGCCUUUCUUAGCGGGCCGCAUCGAGAGCUGUAUCGUUCACGAUGGACAUCUAGUCCGGGAGGGCAAGGCGGGACCUGGUCGACGGACGAUAUGGCAGAUCCUUAGGGAACAAAUCUACCUGGAUGCUGUUGUGUACUCUGAAGUUGGGCUAAAAGCGGCGAUCGACGCUAGCGGGACCGAUAGAUUGAUGUUCGGCACGGACCAUCCGUUCUUUCCACCACUAAACAGCGACGAGCAGGGCGAAUGGGAAAGCGUGACUUGGAAUGCGGAGGCUGUGAGGAAAGCCCUAGGUGAUGCGACCGACCGCGGGAGGGCGGUUAUGGGGGGUAAUGCUGUCAAGGUGCUACGGCUACAUGAAGAUAGCUGAAAUCGUUCCGGGUUUAAAUAUUCUUCCCGGAGGUAUUCCCGACGGAGUAUGCUAACCUAGGUUCAUGACUACGCGUACUAAUUCUUAGUUUGAGACCGAGACUUGUAGCU